AUAAAUGAAUAAAUAACUCGUAUAUACGACGGCGGGUGGUCUGAAGCCUGCAUUAAUGCGCUUGGCGUUUUCCAAGUUCACUGCAGCUCGCGCAGAGCCACUGGAGGCAGUCGAACAUCACACCUCGAGCUCAACAGGAGGAGAGGAGGACAACAGCAAAGUCUGCACACAUACAAACAGCCCCAAGUCCGCGCUUACUUCAACGCGAGGAUCCGUCUCAGCGUUCAUGGAUACUCCCACCCUCGCGUGUCAUUUCCACGGCAUCUUCAAACACGAAACGCGCAAAGACUUGAAAUCGCUUCUCCCGCGCGCAGACAAGGACAGAGAGAAGGGACGUGCGUACUGUCCAAACUAACUGCAAAGACGCAGGAUGGCUAAAGAAAUCAGAGGGAAAGCAACCCUACGCAAGCUGAGCGCUUCUCACUGGCGCAUGCAGAACAUUGCCCAGGAAUCUGUUGACAGCUCAGAUGAUGAGUUUUUUGAUGCCCGAGAGGUGCUGGAGGGGAAGACAGCCAUGCUUUUGGGCAUGAGUCAGUGGAACUCUAAUGAUCUCGUUGAACAGAUAGAAACAUUGGGGCACAUCGACCAGACGCAGGAGAGUCUGUACCGUGUAAGGAGGCCCAAAUGUGUCCCUCAGACUAGCAUUGAUGGUCUAGAGGAAGCUGAGAACAAAUGUCAGACGCAUGUGCUGGUGUUGGUGGUUCACGGGGGAAACAUACUGGAUCUAGCGGGUGGAGAACCAGGCGCGAAGAACGCAGAUGUAAACACCCUGUCCUCCGUGCUGGAAAAAGUAUCUCAAGCUCAUUUUCAAGCUGCAGCUCAGCACGUCGUCAUCAAGUUGGUGCCAUGCCCGGCCGUAUGUGCAGAGGCCUUCUGCCUUGUGUCAAAUCUGAACCCUUACAGCUAUGACGAGAGUUGCGUGUCCAGCAGCGUAGACCAUCUACCUCUGGCCGCUUUACCGCUUCUUGCCAUAGCUGCUCCACACUACCAAGAUGCCGUUGCGACCGUGAUCGCUCGGGCCAACCAGGUGUACCACAGCUUUCUGCAGUCUCCAGAGGGACAGGGCUUCACAGGGCAGGUGUGUUUGUUGGGUGACUGUGUAGGAGGUGUGCUGUGUUUCGACGCUUUAUGUUUCAGCAACAGCCUGCGACACAGCAGUCCCAUCCACAGCAGCCGACAUAACAGCACAGAGAGCUUAAAGGAUAACCCUGAUGUCAGUCCGAGUCUGAGCUCCAGCAAACGUCUUAGCAGGAGCAACAUCGACUUAUCUGCCCCCAGUGAGACCCGCAACAGGAAAACUCCACUCAGCCGCAAACAGAGCGACUCGUAUGAUGGAGACUCCUCUGGCAGCCAGCACCACCCGUUCCUCAGCAGUCUGAUACAGGACGGAACAGACCUGAGAGCGAGCACCAGCACCAGUUUAGUAUUGAAUCCAGGUCGCUUUGACUUUGAGGUGUCGGAUUGUUUUCUGCUGGGUUGUCCUCUUGGAUUGGUGCUUGCAAUGAGACGCACUGUGCUUCCAGCUGUCCAGGUGUCUCAGCUCCGGCCUGCAUGUUCACAGAUCUUCAACCUGUUUUACCCUUCUGAUCCGUCGGCCUCUAGACUCGAGCCAUUGCUGCAUUCCCAAUUCCACAAACUGCCUCCGUUCCCUGUGCCCCGCUACCAGCGUUAUCCUCUGGGAGAUGGUCGUUCCAACCUUAUUGUUGAUGAGAUCCACAGCUACCCUGACGUGUUCCUGCCCAGCAGCACAUUUCCGGUGGGCGCUCCGCACUCCUCUUCUCCCCAGACAGACCACAGCACAGGUGGGCGGGUGGGCGGCGAGGUCCGCAGGUCCAGUUUGACCAGCAUGGACAGCCAGAUAUCGGGAUGCUGGGAGAGCAGGUUGAGCAGCACCGUCGCCAACAUUUCCAGCAACUGGUGGGGGUCUAAGCGGUUGGAUUAUGCUCUGUACUGUCCGGAUGUACUGACAGCAUUCCCUACUGUGGCUCUGCCACAUCUUUUCCACGCUUCGUAUUGGGAAUCCACUGAUGUGGUCGCCUUCCUUUUGAGACAGGUGAUGCACUGUGAUUAUGUGAAAGCCCAGGAGAUGGACAACUCUGACUCCGCCCCCUUCUCACCUUCAAGUCCGAGGGAGAAGUGGCUUCGUAGACGCACACACGUCAAGCUUAGGAAUGUCACAGCCAACCACAGAGUCAAUGAUGUCAUCGCAACCGAGGACGGACAUCAGACACUGGUUGGUCGCUUCAUGUACGGUCCGCUGGAUAUGGUGACCCUGACCGGGGAAAAGGUCGAUGUGUACGUGAUGACCCAGCCACAGUCGGGUCGCUGGGAGCACUUAGACACCGAGGUGACCAAUAGCAGUGGCAGAGUGACCUACACCAUCCCCAAAAGCAAAAAACUGGCCGUGGGGGUCUACCCCAUCAAAAUGGUUGUCAAGGGUGACCAGACAAGCGCAGAGGCCUUCCUGACUGUCUUGCCGCGGGGCAUGGAGUGUGUCGUCUUUAGCAUUGACGGUUCAUUUGCUGCUAGCGUCUCCAUUAUGGGCAGCGACCCUAAAGUACGGCCUGGAGCUGUGGAUGUGGUCAGACACUGGCAGGACCUGGGCUACCUGAUCAUUUACAUCACUGGCCGUCCAGACAUGCAGAAGCAGAGGGUUGUGUCCUGGCUGUCUCAACACAACUUCCCCCAAGGGAUGAUCUUCUUCUCGGAGGGGUUGGUGCAUGACCCUCUUCGCCAGAAAACCAUCUUCCUCAGGAACUUGGUGCAAGAGUGUCACAUUAAAAUCAACUGCGCCUACGGCUCCAUGAAGGACAUUUCCGUCUACAGCAUGCUGGGCCUCAACCCCAACCAGAUAUAUAUAGUGGGCCGACCAUCUAAGAAGUACCAGAAUCAGUGCCAGUUUCUGAGCGAGGGCUAUGCAGUACAUCUCUCCUCCCUGCAGUUCAGUCACAGAGCCCGGCCCAAGAAGAGCUCCUCGGUGCGAAUGGUCCUUCGAAAGGGCUCAUUCGGCCUGUCAGCUAAACCGGACUUCCUGUGUAAGCGGACACACCUUCGCCGCACCAUGUCAGUGCAGCAGCCAGAGCCACCCAUGACACCCAACCCUAAACCAGAGCGGGCUCAGAGCCAGCCCGAGUCGGACAAGGACCAUGGGGGUGGAGGGGGUCCAGGCCAUGCCAUGUGGGCACGGGGGUCCAUGCACCGUGGCGACACCACUCCAUGACCCAAGAGAAACAUAGAAUGGAUGGAAAAAGGACAGAUGGUAAUGAUCUCUCGGUGGACAGAGCCCAGCGUCUUUACUCCUUCUGCUGAUAUUACGCCAUAAAAUAAGACAAACCCCACCUGAGCUGAUAAAAACUCACUCAGUGAAGUGCCAUCCGCACGGAUCUGACACAACGACGCACAAACUCCUGAGUCCUGAUUCUUUGUUUUUCGGCAGCAGGAGCAGAGGAAAUUCCCUUUCUAAAUUCGGUUCCGUCCACCCACGAUGCUUUGGAGAACUUCUGGAUUUAUUUAGCAUCGUACGAAGGCUUCAGGAACAAAGAGGAUACCCGAUAAGAUCCUUAGAGAAAACAUCAAAUUUCCUCACGCCUAAGCAAUACGGAGGAAGAGGGAGGGCGAGCAUCCUGCUGCUCGGACAGGUGGCAGAGCUGACUCCUGCAAUAAUCCCUCUGUUUUAAUAUUGCGGGCAUUUGUCUGCUCUCUGGGCGGCUGUCUAUAGCCCGCUUGUGGCCAGACGGACUUGCAAACUGUAUAUUAACCUUUUGUGCCGGUGUGGUGACCUGGCCUGAACUUUGGUCGCCCCUGACGCUGUUCAGCCGCUCAGCCAGAACAGAGUCUGACGGCGAUGGCCACUGCUACUGAACUCCGCCCACUCCUCUGCCCGGUCACGCCAAGACUGCAGAAGCAUAUUUAAAAACCAUCGGUGGUUCUACUUGUGCCUGUCUCUCACUUGUGUUGUAAAUAUAUGGUAAGUGGCACUGAAGCGAAAUGAGUAUGUAUGAUGUAUUUGUGUGUGGCAAUAGCUGACUCCAGCAGUGCUUUCACUGCAAUAAAGCAUUUUCUUAAUUGGUAUUUUUGCCUCUUUUCCAGAACAAAUAUUUAAACGUACUUAAAACUAGAUACAUUUACAUGAAGCAUAAAAUUAUUUUCAGACGGUAUACUUCAGGAAUACAUGAGUAAAUUGCAACACUAAUUAUAGCAACAGUGUAAGACAAAAUAAUAAUAAUAAUAAUAAUAAUACAUGAGUGCAGUUUUCACUGGUAGAAAUGAUUUCUAUAAUAAAUAAAGUUAAUUUGAACUUUAUAUCCAUCAAAUCUGGAAAAAAAAACAUGUAUUAUGGUUUUCACAAAAUGUUUAGCAGUACAUUUCUAUUCAAGAUUUAAAGUAAAAAGAAAUGUCUCCGAACUCAAAAGUAAUGGCUGCUGAAAAAAUGGUUUUAAUAGCCAGUAUUCUUUUCAAAUAAAUGCGUACUUGAUGACUUCUUUCAUAAACAUUAUAAAAUCUCACUGACCCCAAACCUUCGAGCAGUAGUGUAAAAAUGACAUGCAUUCUCUAUUUCUUUAUUUUGCUUCUCAAGUAAAUAUAUCUUUUUAAGAAUGCUCCGAUAAUUAAGAUAAUCAAGUACAAACCAAGAUUUAAAAAUCUGAUUAAGAAAACUUUUUAUAGCACACCUUAAUUAACCAAAUAAUAAUUCUAAAUUUGUAUUGUAAAGUGACUGUGGCUGUUAAGGUGUUGUCGUGUCACAUUAUUGGUUUUAUCGGUACGACAACUUGCGCAAACACAACACGUUGAUAUUGUUUACAUGUAAAUCCAUCUCACUGGGUACGAUGGUCUUGUUGAAGAACAUACUAUAUUAGUAUUUUAAACUAUACUUGAGGACAACCUUGGUGUUACAACAAAUAAAUGUAAAUAAACUGCUGUGUUUGAACAAAAGACACUACCAGGCCACUAUAAAGCUGUUGUCCAUACUCAAUAGUUCUUGUAACGUCAGAUUUUCCUAUCGUAGUUACUGAUUUUGGUAUUUUGUAUGGGGCUGUCUAUUGAAAAUUGCACAGCAAAAGCUUUUAUGUAAUUUUAUUUAGUUGUAUAUUUCAUUGCAAAUCUUUCUAUAACACUAGAGGCGGUGUGAAAGUGAGUAGGCAUGAGUGUUUUGGUCUGUAUCUACGUGUGAGCAUGUCUGUUACAUGUAUGCAAAUCUCGUGCGAGUGUUAGUUUGGAGAUUUUUUGUAUUUACUGUACAUAUUUUUAAUUCACAGAUAGUGCUAGUGGCCUUUUGAUCCUCUGAUAGUUAUAAACCGAGCCUGUAAUUUGUGGAGGUUUUAUAGGCAAACUUUUUCAUUCUCUCGUGCGUGUGUGAUCAUUGCUGAAUUGUCAGUAUAUAUGAACGUGUUUUCAGCCUUAUCGAGAUGUAUACUUAUUUGUCUAAUAUCUAUAUUCUCAGAUGGCGUGUGACAAAGUAUAUUUGUAUUUUAAAAACAUGUAAAGUACAUAUAUUCAGUACACCACUGUGUCAAGGCCUCUUGACAACAUGUAUUAUUGUGGUAUUUGGUCCAGUCGGUCUGUUUCAGUGGAUGUGCUUCUGUUGGGCCUAUACCGAGCUGUAUACUCAUUCUUCAAUAAAUCAUUCUAAAUCCUGCUUGAUA